AUGUCUCAACGCUCUUCGCAACAUAUAGUGGGGAUCCAUUAUGCUGUGGGAGCCAAGAUCGGCGAAGGGUCUUUUGGGGUUAUCUUUGAAGGUGAAAAUGUGCUGAACAGCGGUUACAAUGGGAUGAACAACACCAACAAGGAGAAUGAUGUGGACUCAAAAGGAUCCGAACCCGUGGCGAUCAAGUUUGAACCCCGUCGCUCGGAUGCACCACAGUUAAGGGAUGAAUUUAGAGCUUACAGGAUAUUAAACGGGUGUCGAGGGAUCCCGCACGCUUAUUAUUUCGGACAAGAAGGGAUGCACAAUGUCUUGAUCCUGGAUUUGUUGGGACCUUCACUAGAGGAUUUAUUCGAAUGGUGUGGAAGGAGAUUUUCCGUCAAGACUACUUGUCUUGUCGCAAAGCAGAUGAUAGACCGUGUUAGGACAAUUCACGAGCACGAUUUGAUUUAUCGUGAUAUCAAACCCGAUAAUUUUCUUAUUGCACAAUACCAGAGGAAUACUGGCGAUAUGCAACUAAUUAAAUCUGUGGCAGGUUCCGCUAAUGGAGACCCUAAUCUGAUAUACAUGGUUGAUUUCGGUAUGGCUAAGCAAUAUAGAGACCCCAGGACGAAACAACAUAUUCCGUACCGUGAAAGAAAAUCUUUAAGCGGAACUGCGAGAUAUAUGUCUAUCAAUACACAUUUUGGUCGCGAGCAAUCGCGCAGGGAUGAUCUAGAAUCACUAGGACACGUCUUUUUUUACUUCUUAAGAGGUUCGCUGCCUUGGCAAGGUCUUAAGGCCCCCAACAACAAGCUGAAAUAUGAAAAGAUUGGUCUCACAAAGCAAAAAUUGAAUCCAGAUGACCUGCUUACGGAGUCCAUACCACCGCAAUUCGCGACUUACCUGAAAUACGCUCGAUCGUUGAGAUUUGAUGAAACUCCAGAUUAUGAUUAUCUUAUCUCACUAAUGGAUGACGUACUUCGCCGGUUGGGCCUACAAGAUGAUGGUCAUUACGAUUGGAUGGACCUGAAUAACGGACAAGGCUGGAACAUCAAAGUGAACAAGAGAGCAAACUUACACGGUUACGGGAACGCCGCUCCAAGGCAUAACGAUAACACAAAUAAUGGUACCAGGUCUCCAAGCAACGCAAGAGCCAAAUCUCAGUCUAAUAAUCCUAAUUCGGUCAAUUUGGCCAAGCAAAAAUUGAGACAAGCUAAUGAUGGAUCAAUGGGGGUUCCAAAUAGUUCAAGCGCAAUGAAACAUAGAACUUAUGAUUCCAUGGGUAAUCAUGUUUUGAAACCUAAUAUGUUGAGUAAUGUUCCUAAUGCUUACAACGACGGAAGGCCAGGAGGCACCAAGCCGGACGAUAAAAAUGCAUUGUACUAUCAAAGACAACAGCUUAACCACCCGCAAUUCAAUCAAAGACCUCAUAUGGAUGAUACAGAGUUCGUUGAAAGCAAGGGUUUCUGUGCCAAAUACUGCUGCUGCUGGUGCUGA